AGCCUCUGAGCUCCCACACUCUGGCCUGGGACAAAGAAGAAGAGAGGCCUAUCUGUCAGAGGGCUGAGGUGGCCUGAGGGCCAGGCUGUGAGUCCCAGGAUGCCCCUGCCUGAGCCCAGUGAGCAGGAGGGUGAGAGUGUGAAAGCUGGCCAAGAGCCAUCACUUGGAGCCAGGAAGCCUCAGGAGUCCUCCAAUCUGGUCCUGGCCAGGGAUAAAAGGAGACCCAAGUCAAAAGGCGUCAUGUCCCUGGAGAUGUCGGGCCCUGCCACCCUAUCCAGCAACACCCAGAGCUUGCCAGCCAAGAAGCAGGGACGGAUAAUUCACCGGAAACGUAGUCGAGUAGAUGCAGUUGCCCCCCAGCCUCUGGAGUUCCUGAAGACGCCAUUUGGGGGUCGCCUUCUGGUACACAAGUCAUUCCUGUACAAGCAGGAGAAGGCUGUGGGGGACAAGGUCUACUGGAAAUGCCGUCAGCACUCAGAGCUAGGCUGCCGGGGACGGGCCAUCACCCGUGGCCUUCGAGUCACAGUGAUGCGGGACCACUGUCACCCACCUGAUGAGGAAGGCCUGGAGGUCCGGCGCCAGAAGGAGAAGCUGCCCAGCUCAGACCUGCCUGAGGGCUCUGAAGGCCAAGAAGAUGGGGUAAGCCUGUGGCUGUACCCCGUGGAGCCAGAGCCCACCCCUCAGCAAAGUGCUGAACCCCCAGAGGAGGAGCAGGGGUACCGAUCCCUGGCACUGCAGAGCCUGCCUCCCAAGAAACGCCCCACACCAGGAGUGGUACGAUAUCGGCCCCUUGAGUUUCUGAAGACAUGUUACGGCGGCACCUUCCUGGUACACCAGUCCUUCCUCUACAAGCGGGAGAAGACUGUGGGAAGCAAGGUGUAUUGGACCUGUCGGGACCACGCAGUCCAUGGCUGCCGCAGCCGGGCCAUCACUCAGGGCCAGCGGGUGACGGUGAUGCGCAGCCACUGCCACUCCCCCGACAUGGAAGGCCUGCAGGCCCGGCGACAGCAGGAGAAGACCAUAAAGAAGAUACAGGCAAGACGGAUUGGUGCUGGGGACUUGGAGGAUUGCGAUGACAUCGAGGACACGCUGCUCCAAGGGGUGGACAGCCUGUUCUACCGCAGGGGCCAGGGCACACUGACUCUCAGUAGGGCCAGGUCCAGAAAGCGAGCAAAGGAGCAUCAAGAAUCAUUGCAGGAGCCCCCCGAGGAGGAGGACCAGGAUGUGGACCCCAGAGGCCCAGAGUUCCUGAGGACCCCUCUAGGAGGAAGCUUCCUGGUGUAUGAGUCCUUCCUCUAUAGGAGGGAGAAAGCGGCUGGUGAGAAGGUAUACUGGACUUGCCGGGAUCAGGCACGCAUGGGUUGCCGCAGCCGAGCCAUCACUCAGGGCAGGCAGGUGACCGUGAUGAGAGGCCACUGUCAUCCACCUGACCUGUUAGGAUUGGAGACUCUGAGGCAGCGGGAGAAACGCCCCGGCCCCACUCAGUGGGAUGGCCCAGAAGGGCCUGAGUUCCUGAAGACCCCUCUGGGGGGCAGCUUCCUGGUGUACGAGUCCUUCCUGUACAGGCGGGAGAAAGCGACCGGUGAUAAGGUGUACUGGACUUGCCGGGACCAGGCGCGUAUGGGCUGUCGUAGCCGUGCCAUCACACAGGGUCAACGGGUGAUGGUCAUGCGCAGGCACUGCCACCCACCCGACAUGGGUGGCCUGGAAGCCCUGCGGCAACGGGAGAACUUUCCUAACCUGACGCACUGGGAAGGCCCAGAGCCCAUGCAGCCUUUGGAAUUCCUGCGGACAUCUCUUGGAGGCCGAUUCCUGGUUUAUGAGUCCUUCCUAUACAGGAAGGAGAAGGCUGCUGGUGAGAAGGUGUACUGGAUGUGUCGGGACCAGGCUCGGCUAGGCUGCCGCAGUCGGGCCAUCACCCAGGGCCGGCGAGUCAUGGUAAUGCGGAGCCACUGCCAUCCACCUGACCUGGCUGGGCUGGAGGCCCUGCGGCAGCGGGAGCAGCUCCCUGGUGCAGCCAAGAGGAAGAAGAAAGGAACAUCAAAGAGCAAAAACUGAACAGUCAGUCCUAAUGAGCCGAGUCUUCUCUGAAGAACAGAGGACACCCCAAAUGCUUCCUGUCCACGCAGGCAUUUCCCACCCACUCAGACUCGCUUGACAACAGCUCCUUUCACUCUUCCAAAGCAUCGACGACUUCACAUUUCCUCAGAGGUCUCCCAGGAGGAGUGCUUGGACCUUGGGUGGUAUCUUGUGUUGGCAAAAAAAAAAAAAAAAAAAAAAUAGUGCCAAGACCUGAUGGAUGCCCUGCAGACCUGACCGAUGCUGCUGUCACCUCUAUGACUUUAGACGGCUGUGGAGAAGUGUGUCUGGACUGAUAUACCUCGAUCCCGCCCUGCUGUCCAGGCCUCAGCACCAUCUGCUAUGAGAGCAUGCAGCCUUCCAAGGAGCUUUGCAGUGGGGAAUGGCCCUUUGCGAGCUCCAAGAAGUUCAGCAAAAUGAGGUGGUCCUGAGCCGGGACAUGUACAGGAACCUCUGCCACCCUCUGAAGACAGUGCACGUUACAGCAGUGGGUGGUUGGAUUAUUUUGGAGGUGGGUGGAGGGGGGAGGUGCUGGGGCCUUCCUGGCCUUUGGUCACUUGCUGCUUGCUAGGACACAGCCAGCCCCAACCAAGGCAGAGCAGGCCAGGCUCAGGGCUUCACUGUACCCUCUGUUGGACUUGAAUCUUACAUCCUUUCCCAACUUAAAUUAAACCUCUGUCCACAGUUCUCGUGGCAGCUGAAGUUU